CUGUGUUAUUACGGGAGACCUUACAUUCACCACCCUCAAGAAUGCCUGGCCGUGACGUGCCACCCCCACCCCCCCCCACCCCACGCAACUCGCAAAUUAGCGAUUGAACACAGAAUGUAUAUAACAGCACGUGGCGGCAUUCGUCAACAUUAGGUCCAGACCAGGUUGUCUGUAGAAUCUAUAUUGUGGGGUUAAAAAGUGUAUCCACGAAAAAAUGGCUGAUAAUUCGUCCCAAUUAGAGGAACCAUUUUAUCUUCUUGACCCACUUUUGAAUAUUAAAGUCAGAAAUGAAAAUUUCCAGCUACUUUUAAAAGCAUUCAAUGAACAACAUGCGUUAUCUUGCAAGUCUGAAAAUAAACUAAAACCUCUAGUAAGUACAGUGAAUGCAAGGCUCAACGAAUUGGAACAUAGGUCUUCUGGUAUUCAGCUACUGAAAGCACUUUUAGCUCAGUGUUCGGACAAUGUAUUUGUUGAAAAUUCUGUAUCUUGGAUGACGCAAUGUAUAAGGGCUGCAACAACUCAGCAGAGUGUAGAUGAAGCAUGUGAAGUUUUAUGUCUGCUGAUAGAAAUGUCACAUUGUUUUCAAGAGUUAACAAAAUCAGUGUCGGGUCAAAUUAUUCCCAAGUUGAUAGAUCAGCUGCUCAAACUUAAGAAAUCACCUGCUGCGCUGCAGUGCUUAGAAGCAGUUUUGCAUUUCUAUCCUGGCCCGUGCAAAGUUAAAGUGAAAAUUGUUGAGAAGUACUUGCUGAUGUUUUUGGAUGAGGAAGAUAAAUCAUUGGUGGAGUAUGCAAGUCGUUGUAUCUGCUAUUUGCCACUGCUGCUGACUUCUGGCAAUAAAGAUGGAAACGCAUGGACAAAUACACUGACAGAAUUGUGUGCUACAGCAAGCUCUUUAAUGUUUGAAUUAUUUGAAAAUAUUCACGAAGCUACCGUGCCUCCAGCACUAACUGAGCUUCCUGUAGGGUACAAGUUAAAAUCCCUGAAAAUAGAUAGUCCUGCCUUGUCUAUCCAUCACAUCGCUACUCGUAUUAUCAACAUUUUCACAUUCAUCGAAGGAAUGCUUUUAGGUGACCUCACAAAUGUGAAAGCAGUAAGAGAUGAUCUGCUGAUAGCACUGGUUUACCGUGUUCUUGCGGUCAAUUGCAAUAUGGUGAGCCGGGGUAAGACCUUGGAACAUGUAGCUGUGGUGUGUGUGUUACCAGAUAUCCACAAGGCUGGAUUCAGUUUAUUGCAGACAUUAGUUUCUUGUUGUAAUGGCGGUUUAUUGAAAUACGGGCCAUUGUUUUGCAAACUUGUGUUGCAAACUUUAAAAUGGACCAAACAACCUUGUGGUUAUGGAGUGGAACGCCCUUUCAGUCAUCUGCGGGAAGUUGCAUACAAGUUCUGAAAGCUGGGUAACAGACAAAAGCUGCUCAUGUGUUGGAACUUAUUUGUUGAAGAUUUAAUCACCAAUAUGCUUCAAGAUGUUAUCAGAAGAAGGAAUCGUACAUUUGGCAGUCAUCUGCGGGAAGUUGCAUACAAGUUUCUUGAGAGCUGGGUAACAAGAGCAAAAGCUGCCUCAUGUGUUGAACUUAUUUGUGAAGAUUUAAUCACCAUGAUGCUUCAAGAUGUUUAUCAGAAGAAGGAAUCUGUUACAUUGCAGUUUCAGGAGAAAGGAAAAACAUCUUUAGAAAAGCAGUUGCCACAAGUACGCCAGCAACUGGUAAAUCCAAAGGUGAAUUUUGGAUCUUGUGCAGCUGCAUUGCGGGCUUUGAGUGCAAUUAUUGAAUCUUCAGGAGCACUGCUUGGUACCAACUUACAUAUGCGAUUGCAAGAAGUUGUGGUUACCCUUCUACUGGAAAUUAAAUUGUGUUCUGGACCCAAAGAAAUGCCUGCCCCAUAUAGUGUAGCAGGCUGCAGAAUGCAACUGUUCAGACUGCUGUUGGCUCUCACUCUUCACCCUCAUCCACGAUGGCCACCUCCAACACAGUUCUCUCUGGCACUUUUCUCACUGGGACAAAAUGAUAGCUCUCUUGAGGUUGCAGGCUUUUGUAAUUUAGCCGUGGCAUGUAUCCGUCAGAUGGUGCACCCUUCUCAAUCCAGCCAUCAAUUUCCAAUAUCAGUAAAUGAAAUGAGGGCAUCAGUUGGUCUUUCUAAUCUGGAAGUGGUGCGAGGCCUUAAUCUGACAAUCCAGAAAGGACAAACCAAGAUUGCAAUUGAAACAGACCUGGGUUUGAAAUCUUCAAAUACUGAAAAUUCUCAGCAGACUCUUUGUCCAAAUCGAUCUCUCAAAAAGAAACCUUGUAAAUCAUUCAAUGAAGUGUCAUUAAAUGACUUUGGGUCAAGCCCUAACACUUCCAUUGAUACUUCUAAGCCUCCCAACAAGAAAUCUCGUAUAUCUUUAAAUAAAGAAUCGUUAAAUGGAAUUGAAUUGAGUCCUAAGACUUCUAGUGACACUUAUAAGCCCCCCAAAAAGAAACGUCAGUCACAUUCAGAAAUAGACAUUGAUAAAAGGCUCAGUACAGUUUCUGAUAAAACAAUUAAAAAAUCAAAUCAUUUACAAUUUACUGUAGAGGAAUUGGUUUCUUCAGCAGAUAAGACUACAUCUUCAAAUAGAGGGCAAGGCUGGGAAGUCACAAAUGUUAUGGAGGUGAAGGAGAAACCAAUUGAAAAGAAAUUUGACAAAUCUACUAAAUCUCUUGAAACUUCAGUAGGAAUUAAGCGGGCUCAUGAUAGUCCAAAAGAUACAGAUAAGAUCACCAAGAUCAGGAAACUUAAUGAGUCUCCCAAGAAAUUUGGUGGAUUAAGUAAUGAAGCUCCUUGUGAUACUUUACCUAAUUCAAAUACAGCUGCUAACUCAGAAAGUACUAGCAGUAUCAAAUCAAAUGUUGCAGUUACUGAUGCACACAUCAAUAUUGAACCAAAUAUUACAAUAACUGAUGCUGAUAUCAAUGAUGAACCAAAUGUUACAAUGAAUGAGGCAGGUGCUAAUGUUGAGACAAGCAUUACAAUAAACAUCCCUGCAAAGAAGAAAUCUGAAAGUUGCAUGGUCAAUGAAGAAAAAACUUUAGAAGAGAAGAUACUGAAACCAGAGGAAAAUAAGGGAGAGACUGAAGCUGAAGUUGUGGAAGUAGCUCAACAUGAAAGUAAAAAGAGAGAAUGUGAAGACCAUUCCACCAAAACUAAGGACAGAUUGUCCGAUCAGAGUCCUUUGAAGAGUUCUCUUGACAAAAGCGAUUGCUCCUCAGUCAAAGAUAAAGUUGAAGUCAAAAGUCCUACAACAAAGCCUCAUACUGUUUCAGAGUGCAAAAGAAAAGAAGUAAAUUCAAAAUCUCCUGAUGUUUCAGACUGCAAGUCUAAGGAAGUUAAUUCAAAGUCACCUGUUUCAGACUGCAAGUCUAAGGAAGCUAUUUCAAAGUCACCUGUUUCAGACGCCAAGUCUAAGGAAGCUAUUUCAAAGUCACCUGUUUCAGACGGCAAGUCUAAGGAAGCUAUUUCAAAGUCACCUGUUUCAGACGGCAAGUGUAAGGAAGUUAUUUCAAAGUCACCUAUUUCAGGAGGCAAGUCUAAGGAAGUUAUUUCAAAGUCACCUGUUUCAGACGGGAAGUCUAAGGAAGUUAAUUCAAAGUCACCUGUUUCAGAUGGCAAGUCUAAAGAAGUUAAUUCAAAGUCACCUGUUUCAGACUGCAAAUCGAAGGAAGUUAAUUCAAAGUCUCCUAUUUCAAACAGUAAAUCUAAGGAAGAAAAUUCACCAAAAAUAGCUAUUCCAGUUAUAGAACUCCUUCACAGUAGUGAUUCAGAAACCGAUCAGAAAAAGAGAGCUUCUGGAGCAAACAGACGCAUAACUCGCAGUCUAGCCAAACGUACUUCUACUCCUCACCGAAAUUCAGAGCAAAGAGUGUCUAUAGAAGAACUUCCUUGCUCUCAAGAUACCUUUGCUAUCAAUGAAAUCAGUAGUUUGGAAGAAGAAUCUUCGUCAGCAGGUGUAGAUCCAAGUAUAGAAUUGGCAGAGUCUGAUGAAUCUGUUGUCAUGAACCUUUGUAUUGAAAGUGACAGAGAAAGUGUAGACAUUGUGGAUAUCACUAAUAACAAAAUAGAUGAUGAAGCUUCUGCUAUCAAAGAAAAAAAUGAAACAGAAAUAUCGGUAAUAAAGACUUGUCCCUUAAGUAACCCCAAUACUCCAGGCUCAAAGAACCUGAAGGAUUCUGUGACAUCUGACCGUGAAAUAGAGGAAGUCACUGAAGAAAUGGAGGCAGUUAUGGACUCUCCAGAUGUUACUGUAGAUGAUGUUUCUGCUUGUAGUGACAAAGAAAAUACUGCAAAGAAAUCAACUAAAGAAACCGAGGAAGAUGGUAGUGGUUCAGAAACAAAUGAAGAGGAAAUUCUUGCCUCGUUUGUAGAUGCUCUUCAACCCAACUCAGAGUAGUGUUUGAAAUUAAUUUCUUCAUGGGAGAUGUUCAUUUUAAAUAUCCAUUCUUCUCAGAAUAUGAAGUAUGUGUGUUUGUCAAAUAUAUUCCAUAUACAUAUUUGGCAUAUUGGAUGGUUUCCUCAGCACUGUUCUCAUUAAAAUGGAAAAUGAAUUAGCAUUUGUUCUGGUAAGAGAUUGAGAAUGAACUUGAUUUUCUGAGCAGCAUGGUUGGUGUGGACCAUGAAUAUAUUUCAGUGAAUUGCGUGGUCGAUCAUCUUACUAUUACAAUUGUAGUUCUGUUAAUGUUUAACAUAAAAUGAUGUGAGAAUGGAACUGCAAAACAUGGGCAAAAAUAAUUGCAUACAUAGUCAUCUUAAAAGUAAAAAAUAAAUAAAUAAAAAGCAAAUAAAAUUACCUAAAUAAUUUGUAUAUUUUUAGGUUCCUUUAUAACUGUAAUAAAUCAGAUCAUGAAGAAUAUUGUUAGAAGUUGUAUUGCAGCUGUUACAAUGGUUUCCUGUGGGUCAAAUUUUAAAUUACUUUUUGGUGUUAGUGCAAGAACACUUCAAGAGAUAAUUGUUUUUGGAGAAAAGUAAGCAAUUGCACUCAUACACUCCAUUUGUACAUUUCUUAUCCCAAAAGUGGUGUAAUUCAACCUCUUUGCUUUCAUGUAAGUAAUGAAAUGAAAUAGUAAAAGAUAAUUAUAUUUUUGUUUGUAAUGUAAGUUAUGAUGUUCUGAAGUAAAUUUGUAUGAAUGAAUGGUUUUUCUUCAAUUAUUUUUUAUAGUGAUAUGCAUUUUAUAUGGAAAUGCAAUCAGCGAAAUCUCAUUGCAAAAGUUGCUGUAGAGUUUUUGCACAGCAUGAAGCACCUUACCAUCCACAUUUGAGUCUCUGCUCAUGCAUGUUACACUAAAGUGAUAGCAGAAAAUGCUAUUCCAGAUCAGCACCAACACAAUAUAGUUAGCAGCUAAUUGCGGCAAGUGUGAAUCAAGAUUUCUUUUUUAUUUAGUGCACAUUGCUGAUGCAGUUCAAAACCUGGUUCACUUAGAAUGAAAAUCUUUUUACACUUCACACGCAACUAGUUACAUGAUUGCCUAACAAAGUUUUAUACUUUGCUAUGUGCAAACUGUACCCAUUGUCAAGCACUGCAAGCUUGCUUGAGGGGAAAAAUGUUCAAAAGAACUCAUUAACACAAAACAGAAUUAACAAAACAAUAAACUAUUUCCACUUGUAAAAAAUAUUUUAUUCAGCCGAGUAAUCAAAUUUACUUAUUAAUAUUAAUGUCAUGCAAAAAUCAGCAUUGAUUGUUAGCAACAAAUUUGUCACAAAGAACUUCACAUGAAUCUCAAUUUAAAAGACCUAUUUAUACCUACUGUAUACUGCACAUAUUAAUUAUAUUAAUAGUUUUCUUUGUACAUUGUCAAUCCCUUGAAUAUUUUUUAAUCGAAGAGGCGUGGUAUGCAAAUUAUAGAAACAGAAAAUUUGUGCAAAAGGAAGAUAAAAAAGGAUUAUCACUUUGAAAAGAAUUACAAUAUUAGAAGUUACCAGAACCCGCCCCCCUCCCAAACACGCACACAACUUGAGUUGUAGCACUUUGGAACAAAUUAACUAUAUAAGAAAAAAUACAAGAGAGAAAUCAAAUGUGAUCAGCUUUAAAAUUGAAUUAUUCUU